AUGCGGCUCCAGAAUGUCUCGCAGAAGACGUUGAAGACCGUUGCCGCGCGCCCCGCGCUUGCAUCCCACACGCCAUCCCCAUUGCAUCCGUGUCGGCCACUUCUCGCAUCAUCACAACGUCUGCUCCUCCGUUCCACGGCACAAUGCGCCGUUCGCUACCAGUCCUCGUACCCAGAGCGGAUAGCCAUUCUCGGCGGUGGCAUAGCGGGGUUGACGAGCGCCCACUUCAUCGCGAAGGAGUUCCCACAGACUAAAGUGGUGGUGUUUGAGGCGGGGAAGGACACGGGUGGCUGGAUCAAGAGUCGACGAGUCGACGUUGUGGAUUCAGAGGGAAAGAAUGGGAAUGUGCUGUUCGAAUUGGGCCCGAGGACAUUGAGAAACGCAACUGUCACUGCAGGACUGGUACAAGAACUCGGUCUCGUUGACGACAUCACAUACACGAGGCGCAGCGAACCCGGCGCAAAGAACCGCUUCAUUUACUAUCCUGACCAGCUCAACCGCCUUCCCUCUCCACCACCCACCUUCGCAGACUUCUUUACAUUAUGGCGGACUGGCAUACUGAAGGGUAUAUUGGGUGCGAUCACAGAACCAUUGAGGCCAAAGCGGCCGGACUCCCUGACGGAUGAGACAAUUGGCUCGUGGCUCGCACGAAGGGUGGAUAAGAGGAUAGCGGACAAUCUUGUCUCAGCGGUAUUCCACGGCAUAUAUGCCGGCGAUAUCAAUCAGCUGAGCGCUAAGACGUUGUUUAAUACGGGUUGGGAAUUGGAGGCGCGAUACGGCAGUGCUAUUGGAGGCUGGUUCCGCAUGCAAAAUGAACACGGACAAUCGCAGCCGGUCACACUCGUCCACCCACAUGAUCGGGAAGUAGCGAAAGCUAUGAACGAGGAGAUUGAUCUGGAACUCGACUUUGCGAAGAACCUGAAGGAUUCCGCUAUGUUUUCCUUCAGAAACGGAUUGCAGCAGAUGGUUCGAGCAUUAGUGGAUGCUGUGGAGGCGAAAGGUAACAUUGAGAUCAGAACAGAGUCGCCCAUUCAUACUUUCAAGCCUCUCAAUGAGAACGGGAAGUUGGGUGUCGAGGUUGUCUCUGGGACUGAAGGCUCAACAUCAACUGAAUCAUUCGAUCUCGCCAUCUCCACCCUCAAGAACGACGAGAUUACCCCCUUCGCCACAGUCAUGACAGUAAACCUCUACUUCCCCAAUCCAAACCUUCUCCCUUAUGAAGGUUUCGGCUACCUCAUCCCACAAGGAAUUCCAUUCGAGCAAAACCCCGAGCGCGCUCUUGGCGUAAUCUGGGACUCCUCUGCUGUUAAAGGUCAAGACACAGCUAGCGGCACAAAACUCACAGUCAUGAUGGGCGGCCACUGGUGGGACGGCUGGAAGGGGUUUCCCACGGAGGAAGAAGGUCUAGAAAUGGCGAGGAGCGUUAUCAAGCGACACCUUAACAUUACCGACGAGCCCACCGCCCACAUCGCAAACCUCUCCCGCGACUGCAUUCCUCAAUACACACUCGGCUACGAUGAACGCCUCAAGCAAUUCGCGCAAGGCAUGUCCAACGAGUUCAAGGGCCGGUUACGCGUUGUAGGCGCGCAAUUCAAUGGCGUUAGCGUGAACGAUAUCAUCGCCGCGUCUUGGCAGGUGGCGAGGAGUUUGAGGGGAGAGGGCUGGAAGGGACGUAGCUGUGGUCUGGAUAGGAUUAUGGAUGAGAGGGAGUGGGUGAUCGUGCCUGCUAAAGAGAUGGCGUAUGUUAAGAAAGAGGUACGUGUUGGAGACUCUGGCAUGGGUCGCAGAGGAGACGGUGGGGUGUAA